UUAAUCGUAAUAAAUCAUUUUGAGCUGAAAUUGUGUCUUGAUUUAUAUAAUAAUAGACCUUGUUUAUAUUUGACGAACGAAUCAAAUACAAAUCUGGUUGACCUGAGAGAAACGUCUAAAGGUCAGAGAUCUCAUUGAAACCUUUGAAUUAGGUGUUAUGCCUACUUCGUAAAAAUUGACGAAUUUUGAAACUGUAGUAACUUUCUUUCCUUGUUUGCCAUUUUCUUUAGAAAGACUAGAGUGCCUAUAUGUGCACGUAAUAAUCAAAACUGUGUUAAACUAAACUUAACCUAUACAUGGUUAUCGUUUUAACCUAGUUUCAUUGUUGUUUUUGAUUUAUUGCGAGUUGCAGUAAAUUAUGCAAACAUGCGUUUAUACGAAUAAACUCAAUUAGAAAUUAGUGCAACUUGCAACUUCUAUAAAAAUAAGCCAAUGUUCUUUAUUUACUUAGUUUUGUAAUUUAUUUAAACACAUAUAUAAUAAAGUCUCGAUAUAAGUGUCCCAAAUUAUGUUGUGUUUAGGAUCACUUUUAGUAAAAAAAUGUAAAAAAUUUGUUGGUAACAUCCUUCUAACAAAACAGUCAAAAAUAAAAAUGUCCUAUAAUUGUAUUAUCUCAUGAAUAUACUCCACCAGAAUCACCUUACAUUUUUCAAGUAGUGAUCUUUCUUCAAUGGUGGGGAUAAUUUUCUCAGUUAUAUCGGUGUGUUCAAUAUUUUCGUUUAUAUUCAAGUUUUACUACACAGUUCUGUAGCAAUAAUUUCCGCUUAUUAAUAUAAAAAUAAUUUAUUUGUAUACUAGUAUGAAUAAGACACCUCAAAAAUUACGAAUACUUGCUCUUCAUGGAUAUGCUCAAUCGGAUAUUACUUUUAAAUCAAAAUUAGGUUCUUUGAGAAAAGGAUUUAAAAGAGAAAUUGAAUUUACAUUUUUAAGAGCACCGCAUAAAGUUUCAAUGCAAAAGAAUUUUGGCAUUGAUGAAACAGAGGAAGGAUAUGGAUGGUGGUUUAAUACAGAAGAUCAUAUAUUUAAAGCAACUAUUCCAAGCAAUUUAUCUGUAGGUUUUGAAGAUAGUAUAGCUGUAAUUGAAAAGAUAUUUCAAGAGUCUGGUCCUUUCGAUGGCAUUUUAGGCUUUUCACAGGGUGCAGCAUUUGCAGUUAUACUGUGUUUUAUGCAACAAAAAAAUCUGUUACAAAUCAAAUUUGAUUUCGCAAUUAUUAUAUCUGGAUUCAAGUCAUUAUGUAAACCUCAUACAAUGUAUUAUGAUGGAAAAAUAAGUAUACCUUCAUUACACAUAUAUGGAGAAACUGAUCAAGUUAUUCCAGCAGAAUCAGCGAAAGAAAUUAAUGAAAUGUUUAUAAAUAAAGUAACAUUAACUCAUAUAGGCGGGCAUUAUGUACCAAGCAAAAAGGAUUAUUAUAAGGAAUUUAUUACGGACAUGACAUUACAAAAAAACAGAAGGGACAAUUAACUGUAAGUUGUGUUCUACAUUUGAUACUUAAUGUAUGACAUAACAGAAGUAAACACAAUAAAUAGGCUGUACUGACUACAAAAUGUAAUUCACAUAAAAAAAUGUAAAAAAUUAUAAUUAACAUUGAGAAAUAUUAGUAAAUUUAUUCAAAUCAACUGUAAAUAAACAUCAUACAAUAUCCAUUAAAAAUAACUUUCAUUAACAAUUUACAUUAAAAUUUUUAUAUGGCAACCAAGAUAUGACUUGAUAACAUAAUAAAUUAGGAGAAAUUUGUACAUGAUUAUUUACCUUGUUAAACAGGUAUUGUACAAUUAAAAAUUGUUUAACUGUUCUCUUCUAUAAAAGGCACUACUGAUAUUAAACAUUAAAAA